AAAAAAGAGGCACUAAUCGUUAAGACGACAAUACAUGAUAUCAUGAACCAAAUGAUUCGGGAACUUCCAAUAACCAAUCCAGUAUACCUCAUGCUAGGCACAUCAUUUGGUUCCUCAGCUAAAGGAACCGGGCUUAAAGCUCUUGAAUUUGCCCUCUCCAUCUGUGACAGUUUUGAUAUGUAUGGCUUCACCGUAGACCUAGGUUACAAGGAAUGGACAAGGUACUUCUCAGAGGUAAGAAAGGGACACACUCCACUACAUGGUAGAGCAUAUUAUCAGAUGAUGGAAUGUCUUGGUCUGGUGAAAAUCCAUUCACCGAUGCGAGGAGAUCCUGGCAGGACAGUGAGGUGGCUGCCUACCAAGGCUACCAUCGAGGCUGCUAGAGUUGCUUCCGAGAAGUUGUUGAAGAGACCUGGUGCUGGAAGUGAUGAUCCUCUGGGGACUUGCACCAUGAUAAAGAAGCGCAGGAAAGGGAAGGCGCCAAACAGAUCUAGUCUACGAGAUGCUGCCAUGAAGCAUCUCGAGGACAUGAAAGGUGCCACCAGGUAUCCCUUGGAGCGGAAUGCAGGGGGUGGUUACCUCUGCAUGAUCAAUGAUAGAUACGACCGCGUCUGAUUAUGGCAUCAGUGCCCCCUCCACUUGAGUCGAAGAAAGGAAUGCUUGUGAUAAACUUGCAGUUUGAGGGAACAAAAAGGUCGAUUCUUUGAUUUAUGCAGCUGGUGUACAACGUUUGAGUGUAGUGAAAGUUAGGUGUAAUGUUUUGAGUGUAGAGAAAGCUAUAUGUUGUGGAUGGAUACGAAUGGUCAAAUUGUAGCACUUUUGGUGCUUAUAAUACUAAUAG